AUGAGAUCACUCGCACUGGCACUCGUACUGGUGGCGGCGGCAGCCUGCUGCGCCGCCGACCGCCCCGACGACCAGGCGCUCGCCGAGAGCAAGGGCCACCACCACGAGCACGGCGGCGGCCACCAUCACCACGAGCACCACCACCACGAGCACGGCGGCAAGGGCGACAAGGGCCACAAGGGCCACCACCACCACCACAAGGGCGACGAGGGCCACUACGGCAAGCACCACCACGAGGGCCACCACCACGAGCACGGCGGCGGACACAAGAAGCACUGGGACGAGCACGACCACCACGGCGAGCAUCACGAGCACGGCCACCACCACAAGGGCGGCAAACACGGCCACCACGAGCACCACGACAAGGGCGAGCACACCGACGGCUACCACAAGAAGUACCACAAGGACCACUUCCACAAGGACCACCACUUCCACGACGGCCACCACAACGAGGGCAAGCACCACAAGCACGGCCACCACCACGGCCACCACGAGAAGCACGGCGGUCACCACGAGAAGGGAGGCCACCAUCACUCCGGUCAUCACGAGGGCCACCACGGCAAGCACGGCCACCACGACAAGCACCACUACGACGAGGACCAUCACGGGCACAAGGGCCACCACGGGCACGACGAGCACCACCACCACCACCACGACCACGGCAAGAAGGGCGGCCACGAGGACCACAAACACUGGGGCUUCCAUCACGGCAAACAUUAA